AACGCAGGUGCCGUGGUAACUCGACUAGUUUCAUGUCGCGGAAUCAUCGUUACAGGCUACAGCGGAUGGCGGCUGUCAACUGGUGGGCUCUUAUCUCUCGUAGGACGUUAUUCCUGGAGAAUAGCCUCAGCCUAGAAUUGUUCACGCGAAGCUUGAGAGAUUCUCAGCGCUUUGCUUAGAGUGCUUUCUAUGAAUUUAUUUGUGUAACAGCCACUUUUUGAUGACAUCGGGAAAGGAGACGAUGGGCCUUUUUUAUCAAGAAAAUUAUGUCCAGGAUGUCAAAAGUAUAUUAUUAUACGAUGUGCCUGCCUGAAAAAAGGAUUGCUUCAAUGCAAUCAAUCAAUGAACAGCCGAUUUUCACGUGCAAGGCACACGUGUUUCACAUUGAUCCAAAAACGAAACGUUCAUGGGUGUCAGCAUCAACGGCGGCAGUUUCUGUUUCCUUUUUCUAUGACUCCACAAGGAGUCUCUACAGGAUUAUUUCUGUAGAAGGUACCAAGGCAGUAAUAAACAGCACAAUAACGCCGAACAUGACGUUCACGAAGACUUCGCAAAAAUUCGGUCAAUGGUCAGACGUGCGCGCAAAUACUGUUUACGGGUUAGGUUUUUCAUCAGAAGCCGAAUUAGGCAAGUUCAUCGAGAAGUUUCAUGAAGUAAAGGAAGCAACGAAGUUGGCCGGCGCGAAACUCCAGUCGAAUUCUUCGUCUGUAACACCAGCAACCAGUGCAAAUGUCAGUCCGAUCACGUCCAGGUCAGCAGUGCCACCUACUGAACAAGACCUGAUUGAUCCGCCAAACUCGUCCAUGAUCAAUUCAAACGUGUCGGCAUCAAAUAAUCCGAAUCCAAAUGCGAGCGUCAUAUCCGCUCAGAAUAGCGUUUCCUCGGUGAGCAGUAGUCCGCUGCCUGGCAGCUGUCAAGCGAAAUUGGACGAGGAAUUGAAGAAUGCAGUUCACUCGAGGUCGCAGAGCAUUUCACAGCAGAGUACAGAGAGUCCUCAGCAUCAGGGCAAGUCCGUGCAGAUCUCCGGAGGACAAUCUGGUCAAUCCGCAGAAAUGCAGUUAAAGUACGAGAAUGAUAGAUUGAAGCUGGCGCUUGCGCAGAGCUCUGCAAAUGCUAAAAAAUGGGAGAUUGAACUGAGUACGCUAAAAUCUAAUAAUGCGAGGCUAACGAGCGCGCUCCAGGAGUCUACUGCCAAUGUUGACGAGUGGAAGAGACAAUUACAGCUCUAUAAGGAAGAGAACGCUCGAGUGAAGGCCAAGUAUGCGGAUUUAGAAGCCGGUAAGAUUAGCGAAGGAAACAGUGAAGCUUUGAGGUUACGAGUUGAAGCAUUGGAAAACGAACUGAGAACGCGGAAUGAAGAAAUUAAGGCCCUGACGAUGGCAACGAAGAGCAAAGACUUUGUGACACUCCAAAAGGAAAACAAUGAGCUUCGAGAAAUGUUAAACGUGGUUCAUGAACAAUUAGAACUUGCCAUGAGUGCUAAUAAAGUUCAAAAGCAAAAUCUCGAUACGCUGAACUCAAGACUAGCUGGUUAUAUCCAGGAUCUUGUCACAGUACAUCGAGAAAUCACGAACACGCUGCAAACCUAAGUUAGAUCUGACUUCGUAACUCUUCUUUUCUGUUUGUCGUAUAUAUGGGCACGAUGAAGCAUACAGGUUAAUAUAAUUAGAUUGAAAGGGUGUCAUUUUGAGGAGACGGAAAAUCAGGCAAAAUAGAAAUAAAGUUGAGUCACGUGCACGCGUCAUUCAAUGGCAGGAAUUUCUAUUUGAAAAGAAAUCUUAAUAUUUCGCGUAAUCUAUUCCAUUUCCUCUUUCUUUCUAUUUUUAGCUCUUUUUAUAUUAACUCUUUUGAUCUGAGCAACAUUUUUAUUCUGUAUCCUUAUUUCCGUACUCCUCAGUGACACGUGAACGUGUACCCUUCGAGCGUAAUUUUAGACCACAUUUUAACCAUGAACACAUUGCGUGAAAACGUGAAUGCACAAUCGACCCUAGUAAUUCCCGACACUAGUAGAUGGUCCUUUUUCGAAUACUAAUUUAAGUUUUCUUUUGAAUUUUGAUUACGUUGAAAAUGAAAAGUUUAGAUUUUCAGCCACAAGGAAGAAACGUGAAAAAAGUCGCUCACUCGGUUGGGGAUAAGAUAAGCAUAAGUGUAUACAAAUUUGUUUAUUCGUAAUUUCUCUCCGAACUUACCGUUGAAGAAGCCAGAGAUCUUUUACCUCACGAAAUAAUUCGGACAAGAAUUUUCUUUGGUCGAUCCGCGAUGUAUACUACUGUAUGUUACGUUAUUUUUAGUUCGUAAACAAAGGAAUUUGAUCACGUUUUUGUCACGCCAUUUUCCUCUCGUUUUCUUCUCACCCUUCUGAUUGUCAAUUUUUUAUAAAACAAUUGCACGACAGUUACGCACGGCUUUACAAAUAAUGGCUGGACGUCGGCGUCGCUGCGUUGAAAUUGUUUAGUAAACUUUAAUGAAGAGAAUGUCUCACUUGCCAUAAUUAACACUAGAUUAACGGAACCUGUCAUUUUGACGGAUUUCAAAUUUCAUGUUAAACCCUUAAAUUCCACAUUGGGGUGAAUUGUUAACUCGCACCGGUUAGUAUGGAAUUUAAAGGUGUGUGACAAAGGCGUAAAAUUCGAAAAUUAAAGUUACAGAAAUUAUAAGUAUUAUUUUUUAGCAAUUUCUGUUGACGCUGAUAAUCAACCUUCGUAAAUCUAGUGUUAAAUACAAACAUUAAAUAACAAACGGCUCAUCGAGAGGCUUACAUCGUUAACGCUAAUAAUUUAAAAAGACAGAAUAAGGAGGCGAUAAAUAAAAAGCCGUAGUCUCCUGAAGAUGCUGAAAGAAAAAGGUUUAGCGUAAAAAAAUAAACAGAAAGUGCGAGAAAGACAGGGCAUAGAAGACAGAGGCGUUAAGUCGCGUCUGGGAGCGCCGAUGUUGCACUUAAAAAUGAUGGUUCGAUGAGUUUAGUCGCUCGUGCGAUAAUAAAACGUGCAAAUAUCACUUGUAAAUGAGGAAUGAAGCGAACAAAUGAACGGUUCCACAAAUCUCUUAUUUACUCCAGUAGUAUUAUAUUGUUUAUUUCUUUCCAAUGAUAUGAUUAUCAUCAGCUUUAUUUAUUGUGAAUGCGAAUCUCAGAACUGUAAAGAGAAAUAAAGGAAAAGAGAAUAUGAGACUUGCGCAAUGGCGACGUGUUAGAGAGCGGAAGAAAGAUGAACUACCAAGAACAAAAAAAUAAUUGUCGCAUUAACAUCAAACAUAAUUAAGCCUUAGGAAAAAAAAUGAACUUCGUACGUACAUCUAAAGAAAAGAACAAAACUGGCUUCUCCGUUCUUCCGAAUUAAGCGCUCACAAAACACGACAAUAUUCUUUAAUUUUAGUGGUUUUUUUUAUUAACUCUUUUAUUUCGAUACAUCUUUUUUUAUAUCAUUUAUUACUCGGUCUUUUACUACUUUUUUCUACACUCAUAUUGUAACCUUAUACGGUUCUCCUUUAAUUAACGCCACUUUCAUUAUAUUUUACGCUGUCCUUUCGAUUCUCUUAGAAUUCGAGGGAAGACUGCCAUAGAUACUACUAUAUAAAUACGUUUUAUUGUAGAACGAAGGAGCGUUAAACUAUAUGUCGUCAUACCAAAAAUCUCCGAUCUUUGCACCGGCAAAAUCCGAUUGUAUUUUAACUCAACUCUGGUACGUUACUUUUGUUUCGACCUAUAUGUACAAUAGAUAAGUUUUUACUACGAAUAAAGUAAAGAAGAAGUCGCACGUCGAAGUUAUUGGACGGGGUUAAGAAUAGGGCUAGUUGAGUUACGAUAUAAUAACAUUGGUAAAAAUAUUAAUAAGCCGCGAUUAAAAAUACGGAAAAUAAUCGGGAAAUAACGAAAGUGCCCGAAGCAAUUGUUAAAGACAAAGAUGCAUUAUGAGAGAAGCGUAAUUGACGCGCAGUGGAUUAAGAAAUCGAGUUACGUAAUAGAAAUACGAAAAUAAAUAAUAAGACCGAAAGAAUCGAGUGAUAAAAAACAACGGUAUGCAUAUCUAUCACAUUCUGGGGCUACAAAUGAAUGAUAUUAAGAAGGGAAAAAUGUUAAAUAAUGAGAGGAAACCCUUUGCUGUAAAAGGAAGAGUAAAAUCAGUGGCACACGCCAGACAGGGUAUUCCUUUAAAAAAAAAAAAAAAAAAUACAAAUUAAAAAUGAAGAUCCAUUUGGACUUGCCAUCAGCUAUUAAUAAGAAUAGUAA